AACAUUUUGGUAUAUAAGACACGGAAUUACCAUCUUGGUUCACAGUCUUCCCCCCUUACACUUGCAAGAUGAUGCAAAAGGGCCUGUUUGUUUUGGCGUCGUUCGUUGCCAUAGCUACGUCUGUGUUUGGAAAACCAUUCAAUGACGAAGACGUGAACAGAUUUAGACCAGAUGGAUAUGGUGAUAGAGAUCAAGAUGGCCGCCACAAGGUCAACAACACGCUCUCCGGCUGGGGCGGUCAGCAACAGGAAGUUAACGUCAACGUUGGUGUGAACGUGUCAGGAUUGGGUGGCCCUCGACAUAGGGAUCAAGACAAUAGGGUCCCUUUGUUUCCUUGGAGAGAUAGGACAAAUAACGGUUGGGGUGAUAAGACACAAUAUGGCUGGGGUGACAACACACAAAACGGCUGGGGGGAUAAGACACAAUAUGGUUGGGGCGACAAGACACAAAACAACGGCUGGGGUGACAAGACACAAAACAAUGGCUGGGAUUACAAGACAGAAAAUGGUUGGGGUGACAAGACACAAAACGGCUGGGGGGAUAAGACACAAUAUGGUUGGGGCGACAAGACACAAAAUGGUUGGGGUGAUAAGACACAAAAUGACUGGGGUGACAAGACACAAUAUGGCUGGGGUGACAAGAAACAAAACAACGGCUGGGGUGAUAAGACGCAAAACAACGGCUGGGGUGACAAGACACAAUAUGGCUGGGGUGACAAGACACAAAAUAACGGCUGGGUUGACAAGACACUCAAUGGUUGGGGUGAUAAGACACAAAAUAACGGCUGGGGUGACAAGACACAAAAUGGCUGGGGUGACAAGACACAAAAUGGCUGGGGUGACAAGACACAAAAUGGCUGGGGUGAAACCAACAAAGACAGCUGGUACGACUUUGAAAUUGACGUGGCUGGAUGGGCAGAGACUCCCAGCGACCACCGAUCUGACAAGAACGACCUGAACGUCGACGUCUUUAUCCAAAUCUUGAAGUACGUGAAAACCAACCAAUAUGAGGAUACUCGGUCUUUCAUCGAACUGUUUAAGUAUUUCACACAGAUCACGUGGAACAAAGACACAAAGUACGGCUCCGGGCAGGGAAAAUUCACAAACUCCGGCUCCAGCCUGUUCGACUCUUACGGCUCCGAGCAGCAGGAGUGGGACGAGCUGUGCGAUGACGUCACGGUGGAAGACCGUCACAGGAGACUGUUCGGACUGUACUUGAAGUUCCGGGCCCACUCACAGAAACAGAGAGAGAUGACGCUACUCACAGACUACCAGCCUGAGAAAAAAGUCAAGCUUCAGUUCGCUUUGUUCUCUGAAAUGGUUUAUUUCGCUCAACAACUGCGAUACGACAACAAAGUAACUAGAAGCUUGUACAGCAUCACCGAGCUGAAGCUUAAACAAGAGUUCACAAGUUUCAAGCAAUGUGCCUUCUAUCGUAAAUGUGAGAGAUGGGGCGACAACUCAGUGAAUGAAUACUUCCGGGGUGACUUGAACUCACCAAUCAACUUCUACGGAGGAGACCGCUAUGAGAAAGACGGCAGCCAUUUUGCACUUUUCCUGAAGCUCCAACUACUGAUCCAGUCCGCUCUACCACGUCAUGACAUCCCAGAUGACCACAGUGUCUUCUCCCAGUGGGGGUUGGACUUGCUGGGUGGUGACCGGGUUGGCAAACAAGACAACCACCCAGUCUACGGCUCCCUCAUGAGCAUACGUCGACAUCUAGACGACCAUAAGCCUAACGAUUUUAGACGAUUUUUCGACGACGAUGAUGAAAACGAGGCUCGCAGUAAAUUUGCGUUUUUCGCUGCCAAAGGCUACACACAUCUUAAAGAGCAGAAGAAUAUGAUCUUACAAAAGAUCGAAGUCCAACAGAUAUUUGUUGAGUUUACGAAAUUCCUACAGUUUCAGGAGGAUUUAGGAGCUUGCGAGGAUGAUUACAACAAGUUUAAGGAAUGGCAGAAAGUCAAAGAAAAUAUGGAGAAGGUGAAACAGUUUCUGGAUUUCUUAGAAAAAAUGGUAAACUGGACAGGAAAUGGAUGGGGAUUAGACAACAAAGGAUGGGGUGACAAUAACAAAGGAUGGGGUGACAAUAACAAAGGAUGGGGUGACAAUAACAAAGGAUGGGGUGACGUAAUCAAAGGAUGGGGUGACAAUAACAAAAGAUGGGGUGACGUAAGCAAAGGAUGGGGUGACAAUAAUAAAGUAUGGGGUGAUAAUAACAAAGGAUGGGGUGAUGUAAUUAAAGGAUGGGGUGAGGUAAGCAAAGGAUGGGCUGACGUAAGCAAAGGAUGGGGUGACAAUAACAAAGGAUGGGGAGACGAUAACAUAGGAUGGGGUGAUGCAAUUAAAGGAUGGGGUGAGGUAAGCAAAGGAUGGGGUGACAAUAACAAAGGAUGGGCUGACAAUAACAAAGGAUGGGCUGACAAUAAAAAAGGAUGGGGUGACAAUAACAAAGGAUGGGGUGACGUAAUCAAAGGAUGGGGUGACAAUAAAAAAGGAUGGGGUGACAAUAACAAAGGAUGGAGUGACGUAAUCAAAGGAUGGGGUGACAAUAACAAAGGAUGGGGUGACGUAAUCAAAGGAUGGGGUGACAAUAAAAAAGGAUGGGGUGACAAUAACAAAGGAUGGAGUGACGUAAUCAAAGGAUGGGGUGACAAUAACAAAGGAUGGGGUGACGUAAUCAAAGGAUGGGGUGACAAUAACAAAGGAUGGGGUGACAAUAAAAAAGGAUGGGGUGACAAUAACAAAGGAUGGAGUGACGUAAUCAAAGGAUGGGGUGACAAUAACAAAGGAUGGGGUGAUGGCAUCAAAGGAUGGGGUGACGAUAACAAAGGAUGGGGUGACAAUAACAAAGGAUGGGGUGACAGCAAGACCGUAUUUUUAGGAUGGAGUGGCGCUGCUACAGGUCGUAUAGACGGCAUCCCUGCUUACAAAAGACAGAAGAACUGAGUGAGUUACAUUUGACUUGUCUGACGGCCUUUAUGAUAUAAAGUCCAGAUUUUGCCAGACAUGCUAACAAUAGAGCUGAAUAAAGAUAUCUAA